AAUGAAUCAAACUCCAUUGAAUGUCUAAGCUUUCUUGCCAAGUGCACAAACAAAAAAAAAAGAAGUCCAGAACAGAGAGUAGAGAUUCGUGCGUGAAACCGGUAAAAGGAAGAUGCGUUACAAAUCGAAGCUUGCAAGAGUAUGAAUCCUUCUACUUCAAGUAAUUCUGACAUGACACUCUAUUCUAACCAAUCUCUGUGGCCACAACUAAGCAGAGACGAAACAGAUUAAGGAUAUUUAAUAAGCAUCAUCUAACAAAGGGGCCAAGCUAUUAAGUACAAGAGCGACAUCUGUUUUGAGCCAGAAUCCCACAACAAAACAAAAAAAAGUUGGAAACAACUUGUGGAAAAGCAUGCUGCGAAACAGAGUUCUUGCGUUCUUGCUCCUCGCAGCUCAGCUCUUGGAGCAGAUACCUGGAACGGGUGCGAAAGUUCCUGCGCUUAUCGUAUUUGGGGAUUCAACUGUGGAUUCAGGCAACAACAACCAGAUUUCCACGGUUCUAAAGAGUAACUUCCAGCCGUAUGGCCGGGAUUACUUUGACGGCAAAGCGACAGGGAGAUUCUCAAAUGGUCGGAUCGCUCCAGAUUUCAUUUCCGAAGGCUUAGGACUCAAGAACGCGGUCCCUGCGUACCUAGAUCCAGCAUACGACAUCACAGACUUUGCCACUGGUGUCUGUUUCGCUUCAGCUGGAACCGGCUUAGACAAUGCAACCUCUGCUGUGUUAUCUGUGAUGCCGCUUUGGAAGGAAGUGGAGUACUACAAAGAAUACCAAACAAGGCUAAGAAGCUACUUGGGUGAAGAGAAAGCUAGUGAGGUUAUUGGGGAAGCACUUUACCUGAUUAGCAUCGGAACCAACGAUUUCCUGGAGAAUUACUAUCUUGUUCCCCGCAAGUUAAGGCAGUACUCUGUUGAUGAGUACCAGAACUUCUUGAUAAGAAUCGCUGGAGAUUUCUUGACAGAUAUAUACAGACUCGGAGCUCGUAAGAUGUCUUUCUCGGGACUCACUCCUUUUGGAUGCUUGCCCUUGGAAAGAACAACACAGAUCUUUUAUGGAAGCAAAUGUAUCGAAGAAUACAACAUUGUGGCUAGAGACUUCAACGCUAAAAUGGAUGAGAAAGUCUCCAGGUUGAACAGAGACCUGAACGGACUCCAGCUGGUGUUUUCAAAUCCGUAUGAUCUUGUUUCGGAUAUCAUAAACCAUCCUGAAACAUUCGGUUUCGAAAAUGUAAGGAGUGCAUGCUGCGGAACGGGAUACUAUGAGAUGAGCUACUUGUGUGAUAAAAUGAACCCUUUCACAUGUUCUGAUGCAAGCAAAUAUGUGUUUUGGGACUCAUUUCACCCAACGGAGAAGACAAGCGGCAUCGUAGCAAGCUAUGUUCUGAAGCACGACUUAUCUCGGUUUCAGUGAUAAAUAAGAAGAAUUUAUCAUAUAAUCAUAACCCCAAGUAGAAUAUGUUUACAUACUACAUUCUUUCUUCUACCCUUUUCUGUAUUUGUUGACAAUAUAUCUGUAACCAAUGUCCAGUCCAGUUUCUUGUAAAAGAACCAUUUUUUUUCUUAGUUCAUGUUCAUAUAACUACUUAAAAAUGAUAAUGUGAUGUUAUAAAGAUGGAUGAGAUCAAAGUGAAAGAAAUUUGCACAAAUGGAGUUGAAUUGCCAGGGAGUAACAUAUCUCAAUUGGUACCACCAUCACAUCCCAUAAGACAGAAGAAAUGAAAUCUCCAACAUUUAACAAUUAAGUGACAAGGUGAAGCAGAGAGUAUCUGGAAAAACUUCAAAUCAGGUUCAGAUCGAGUUUAGGAUUAUGUACCAGUACAA